UCAGUCGUAUUUCACGUGUAUAUAGUCUCACGCGUCUGUCGAACUGUACAUUGUCAUUCAGUUUCUGGCCUGUCCGUAGCCUGGCCUCUGGCUGGUGUUAGGAGGAAAUUACGAUGCUUCGAAAUCAGCUGUUUUCAAUCAACGAUAAAAUUCUUCGCGUUCCUUGUUCGCAUCAUUAUUGUUCUGCGUUUAGUCGUGAAUGUGUAUGAAAUCGCGGGUAUUUUUUUCCAAUUGACGUGCAUAUAGCGAGUGAUAAAUCGUAAAAUAUCUGGAGCACCGUGUUUAUUCUUUGCAAACAACAUAUGCGUGAGGAAGAAGAAAAAAUUAUUCUCAGUGUUUGACGAGGACGAAAAAGUUGGUGAACGUCGUCAGAGUGUAGUGCGUGUUUCGUACUAUGUCGAGUAUCAUUGUCCCGCACGAGGCACGUGCUCGGGAUAUGGGAUUCGUACGAAUAAUAAUAAUAAAUCAACCUUCGCCUUACAAUCCUGUGUAACGGGAAGAAAUUAAUCACGCGAAUCUUUUUUUAGUUUUUCUCGAUUUAUCUUUUUCCAAAUCUUCAAAACGAAUGACGAGUGAAAGUUCAAUCGAUGUGAUUAUUGAAGGGUUAACAGUUUCUAUUAUCCUCCUCUUACACGAGGAGUGGUGCGAGUAGUGAAAUGUCUUGGCUUGUUUGUUUUCCAUGGUCGGAAGGUAUAAAGAAGAGAGCAUGCAGAUACCUAUUGCAACGUUAUUUAGGACAAUUUCUCGAGGAAAAACUCACCCUCGAUCAACUGACGGUAGAUCUUUACAAUGGAACAGGACGUGUUACCGAUGUCAGCCUCGACGUACAGGCUCUCAACGAGAUGGGCGAACAGCAACACCUGCCGCUGGAAUUCGUGGACGGCUUUAUAUCAGAAAUGUCCGUCAGCAUUCCAUGGUCAGCUCUGCUCAGCGAGGCAAGUUACGUCGAGGUCAAAGGUCUCAGGUUAACCAUACAACCAAGACAACGGACAGAGUCGGGCACAUCGAUGUUCGAAUCGAUGUGGAGUUCCAUGACUUCCAGUAUGCAAAUGGCUCAAGAGUGUCUUCAGCAAGAUGCCAAUAAUGCUGGAAAUUCACAGCCUCUUGAGGGUGUCGAACUGUUUGCUCAAGCCAUAGAUUCCAUCUUGUCCAGAGUCAAAGUAAGAUUUCUGGAUACAAUAAUUCGUCUGGAGCACGUUCCCCUGGAUUCGAUGACUGGAGUGGCGAUGGAAGUGUCAAUAAGAAAUUUAGAAUAUUCAGACGAAGCUGGCUCGGACCCAAACAAUGUUACGCUCGAGGCAAAUCAAGCAAACAAAGGUUACGUUGUUUCUGCUUUUGCCACAAAACGCUUCUACCUUGAGGGGGUGACUUUCCACACAGAUGAAUUUCCAUCUCGAGCCAGAACAUUCUCACGCAGUGUUAUGACAGUGAGCGGAGCUUCGACUCCUGAUUCGAGAAAUUCCGAUGGAGCCUUUCCAUCUGCACAAUUAUCGCCAACUCAAAAUACUCAAACACCGCCAGAUAAAAAUAUAAUAAACAAUAUGAGUGAAUCGAAUCCUAUUACUUUUGCCAAAUUAUCGGGACGUCAGGAGAUUCGGUUGAAAGUUAAACAAGGAGAGGGUGUCUCUGGGCCAAAAGUGGAAAUGGAAAUAACGCUAGGUUCUUUCAUUUCCUUUCUAAGCCCCAGACAAGUUCACGUUCUCAUUGAACUUGGUCACGGCCUCGCUUCCCCUGAUCUAGAAGACAUGAGCAACGUCGCGCCAAGAACAUAUACGGAAAAGCCAAUGGUCGGUAGUGAUUUCAAUCGUGUUGAAAGAGAAUUAAUGCAUCAAUUGCACCCCAUUCAAGGUUUAAGAUCUACGGAUUUGCGAAAUACUCAAGGAUGGUCAACGGCCUCGCAGGACGAGUCCGACAACGAGGAAGAGUUUUUGCCCAUGCGAUUGCCAGGAGUAACUUCAAUGAGCGAUUCAACAUCAACGAAUAACAUGAGCAUGGACGAUAGUACAUUGGCUAGCAGUGUGAGCUCAAAAAGUUCAUCGACGAAUUAUCCAAAGCAAACGAAACAUCGAACAAGUGCCGACAAUGAUCCGAACGCCGAAACUUCGCAGUUCCAUGUGAGAGUGUCCUCAAUCGCAAUUGUGCUGUUGCACGAAGAUAUUUUGACAACUUCGUUGGAAGACCGUAGCCUCACGAACGCCAGUACCGAACAGAUGAAAAAUACAGCCGAAGAUUUUUUUCAGAAACUCGGUAUAUUUGGGGCCGACGGUUACGGCAAUAAAAAUUUUGACAAAGCCUCAAAAAUGUUUUUAGACGCAUGUCGUCUCAGCCAUAUUAGGUGUUUGGCCGCACCCUUAGUAGUCGAGGGUAGUGAAAAAACAACUUCUCAAGCAUCGGCGAUAACGGCAAGUUUGAAUCUGGCGAGUGUAGAAAUCGUGGAAUGUCUCGUAGACUCGAGCAAUGGUACGCAAGAAAUUCCAACUACCGAGUCCAUAGAGUUAUUGAGUUUUCCAAAAGACUCCUCUGACGUUCACGGUUUUUCAAACACGACGGAUUUCCGUAUGCGCUUCAAGUACACCGAAAAAGCAGUUCGACACGGGCAAAUUACGAAGUUUGCUCAUCCACGUACGGAGAUCGACAUACAAAUGGAGCAAUGCCGAAGUGAAUUUGAUAUUACGAUCGUGGAUAGAAUAUCUGCUGUUCUUAAUCCCCCGCCGAUAUGCACGUGCAAUCCGAGCUCCAUUUCGAGAGACCCAACGAAUCAACAGGCUCUGUUUUAUCAAGCCGUUGAAAGCCCUUUAUUGUCCGAUUCUCGUGUUGACACAAGAAUCUCUUCUCCUCGUGCCAUUGUAAAAGUGAGAUUUCCAGUGCCUGAUUUGCGGCCUUUGCACGAUAUGAGUCGAUCGCCAUGGUGGAUGAGAUCGGUCAGACCGGAUUUUGUAACGCUCACAUUAACCGACGUACAAAUACAUUCUUCCACGGAGAGUCGUUCGCAUCAUUUGGCACGUCACGAGAUACAAUGUCAAAGAUUGUUGAUGACUUAUACAGAGGCGGAUUCUGACGUACCCGUUGAAAUAGGGCUUGCACAAGCGGAUGAAAAGGCUUUCUCGUCGUUGCCACAAGAAAGUGGCUUUGGAUUGCCGCGUAUGGUAAUAACUAUUUAUCCUACUGAUCUCGGUGAUCCGUUAGAGGACAGUUCGGAAGGCGAAGCGGAAUCAAGCCUUGAUGACACUUUGGAACAUCCACCGAGACACCAGCCUUCGCCAUUUAGUUCUAAACGCGUUAUCCACGAAUCCGACACUCCGCAUUCCGAGCCUCAGGAUUAUACCGAAAGGGAUGACCCAGAACACAGAGAAGGCGAAGAAUUAGUGAUACCCGGAAAUAGACAAGAAAUGAUGGAAUUCAUAGAGGAGGGAACCAGUGGUGCUAGAAUUCAGAUUGAAAUUGGCUUUCCGUGUUUAUCUGUACAAAUACCAUCGAAACAUCUUUACGAGUUACUUUAUAAUCGUAUCAAUACGGAUCUUCUACUUUGGGAACCGUCGGCACCGCGACCGAAAUAUAUGUCUCAUACGGACAGUCAUAUCGGUCUGGACCUCGCAUCGACGCUCCUACAAGAGUCGAUUUAUCCAAGCAAAUUUAGUAUGUGCAAAAGUGGAAUCCAGUACGACUCAGACUCGGAUUCGGACGACGAUGGUAUUUUUCAAUCGGCAACCGAGCGCAGUACGAGGCAAAAUGUGAUUCGAUUGCCCCGAAGCGGACAAAGCAGAUUGGCUUUGAGUUUGACAAUAGGUCAAGGUCUUUUGAGUAUGUACACACCGGUACGUGAUGUUUCGGCAAACGUAAUACCAGGGCAGCAUGGCGAACUUAUCGUUCGACUCGAAGAUGCAACGAUUUUCUCGGUCAAUAUUUACAAGGGUAAUCCAAAUUUGGGUUACGUUUGCGCGAUGGUGAAAACUCUCUCGUUGAACCAUUGUGGAUUGACAACUACACCUUCCCAGACUCCACCUUUGAGACCCAUCAAUAGCGUUAUUCCAAGACAUUGUCAACCCGCGAUUUAUCGCAGUGAACUCGUCAACGUGUUCCCCAAUUCUGCGGACAAGGAUAUGCUGGUCGUUGCUGUUCGAAUACAAGCUGCUCAUCAGACACAUCGUAUCAAGACAAUCCGUGUUGCUGUCGGUAUCAGAGAUUCAACGCUCAGGCAUCGGGUGUGCCAAUCACAAACUUCUUGGUUUACCCAGCUCAUGGAUGCUCUGGACGUUGCUGACCACCCCGUCGCGGGUUACAAUCCUCCCGGCGUUCUCACGGAGCUGCACCUUCAUCUCUGGGACUGCGCAGUCGAUUAUCGGCCCGUGUGUCUUCCUCUUAGAUCAAUGGUGACUCUCAGUAAUUUUAGCGUCUCGAGUAAUAUCGCAGCACGUACGAACACUUCAACGCUUAGAUUUAUAGCCGAAGAUGUUGCCUUCUUCAUAUCUGAAAAAUUGGGGAAUCACGUCGAUCUUCGUCGCGAUUACGUGUGCGUUAUGGAUCUUGGUCUAUUCGAGUUGUCACUUCGGUUGAAUGAGAAAAUGUGUGGUGGAGCACCGAGGGUCGAUCUUCGAGCUAGCAAUAACGUUCUACACGUUAGAACUUGCGCUGAUUCCGGUCGUGCCUUGAUGCAAUUGUUGACGUAUUUUGCAAGCGACGGUGACCUUACGACGAACCAUGCAAGCACCGAAAGCAUCGCCGUUCCGAGCUUCGGUGACCAAGAAAGCUUGCUUGGUGAAGAGAGUAUCAACAACCUAAGCAAGAGUCAAGUUGAGAGGGUUAACAGCUUGAUGGAAGAAGCUAUGGCGGAUACUGUCAAAGGUACGACCGUUAGUACAGCAGGAAAGUCGCCCGAAUCCGACAACCAGGUUGAAGUUUUUUUCUUCCCGGACGAGUCGAAUCCUGUGGGACAAGAAGCCCCGGAAUUGUCUAACACCAAUUCAACGGCAGGUAACGCAACGAAUCGCAUCGAUUCGGACGAUGCCGACGAAGAUUUUUGCAUACUCGGUGAAGAAGCUGGAGCUGGAAUAAUGCCACGUCACGGAGUGCCCGAAGUACGUUGGCUUUGUCAGGAAUCUCUGAGAGUUGUGGAUAAUCAUUUCUCGGUGCCACUCGGUAAAACCGAUUUACUAAAAGCACCCAGACAUUUUCCACCCGCCAUAUUGCGAUACACACUCUGUGAAAUGUCCCUCGUCUGGCACAUGUACGGUGGUAAGGAUUUUGGCUCGUCUAAAACUUGCAGCAAAAAGCAUGUUACGAUUGAAGAUUCUUCACAUCGUUUGGAUGCUCUGCAUCAGGGAAGGAGUAGAUCUGCUGUGCCGGGUGUUGGCUUCAGCAAGGUGAGCCCGAACGAAGUGCGUUUUGGAAGUGUACCAAACUCGCCCCGUGCCAAAGUUCGCGAACCAAUCGUCGAUUGGCACACAUUGGGAGGGCCGGGACGUCAGCAAGACGUACUGAUGGAGCUACAGUUGAACAAAGUGCGAUUUCAACAUGAGGUUUAUCCAGAGACCACGACCGAGGCAUCUCGACAAGUUUUGUUGAUCAGCGAGAUAGAAAUUCGCGAUCGUUUGGCUUCUUCGCACAUCAACAAAUUUUUAUAUCAAUACAGUAGCGAAGCAAGGCCGAGACAGACACAUGCCAAUAUGUUCGCUAUGAAAGCUAUACACAUUCGUCCUGAUCCGAAAUUGAGCGCUCAAGAAUGUUGCUUAAAAUUGAGCGUUUUGCCACUUCGAUUAAAUAUCGAUCAAGAUAGUUUGCUAUUUUUGAUCGAUUUCUUCACGGAACUUGCCGGUAACGCAAAAUCUAAUCAAGAUGGUACGAACGCACCGGGCAGCAAUACUCAAUCAUCUCCGGGCUCGAAACAAGGCACUCCGACUCACCACCCACCGGUUAUGAGCGUCAAUGAUCCCGAUCACGAAUUUACACAUCCCAGUGAAACGAAUAAUGAGCUUACUGACAAAGAUGUGGUCGAUAGAAAUUUGUUAAUUCUCCUUGAGGACGAACUGAUGAUCAGAGAGAAUAAAACCAAGGUCAAAACUACGAAUGGACAACAGGACGAUAGUCAUCCGAUUUAUUUUCGAAGUGUGAUAUUCGCACCGGAAGUUCUCGUAAGAUUGGAUUAUCACGGGAAACGCGUUGACUUGACACACGGACCGAUAGCCGGACUGCUGAUGGGUCUCGCUCAAUUGAAUUGUUCCGAAUUAAGACUGAAGAGAUUGGCGCAUCGCCACGGUCUUCUUGGAUUUGACAAAUUAAUGGCGCAUCUAUUAGCCGAGUGGUUGCAGGACAUAAAAAAAAAUCAGCUACCGAGUUUGUUGGGAGGUGUUGGGCCUAUGCACUCGUUGGUACAAUUGUUUCAGGGAAUCCGUGAUUUGUUUUGGCUACCAAUCGAGCAAUAUCAAAAGGACGGUAGAAUAGUUCGAGGCCUCCAACGCGGCGCAAAUAGUUUCACAACAUCGACUGCAAUGGCAGCUCUCGAGUUGACAUCGCGACUCGUUCACGCAAUACAAAGUACAGCGGAAACGGCCUACGACAUGGUCAGUCCUGGUCCCAGCGUUAGACGAAAAACAAAGGGACAAAAAGGCCGUAGAAAGCGAUAUAGUCAGCCAUUAGAUAUCCGAGAAGGAAUGGCAAAUGCUUAUAUGCUAGUCAAGGAGGGGUUGGGAGAAACGGCAAAUCAGCUGGUACGGGUUGCUAGCGAGGAGCACGAGCAAAAAGGCGUAUCGGGAGCGGUCGGUGGAGUCCUCCGACAAAUACCGCCGACGGUCGUUAAGCCGAUUAUUUUGGCGACCGAAGCAACGAGUAAUGUGCUAGGCGGAAUGAGAUCUCAGUUAGUACCGGAUGCUAGGCGAGAAGCUGCCCAAAAAUGGAGGCACGAUACGCUCGAGGCGAAUUAAAAACGUAAGAAAAACUGAACCAGUUAAAAAUUGAAUAAUUACAAUGAUUUAUAAACAGUGUCACUCGAAACUGUUGUUUUGUGACGGUGAGAAAAAGCGUCGAAAAAACCGAGUGAUGAAAAAAAAGUAAAGUUUAAAUGAAAGGAAAAUUCGAUGAGUAAUCUUCCUGCCAAUGAGAAGUCGCGCAAAAUGAAUAAUUUCGAGUCAAUUUUCAGGACUGAAUAUUAUUGUUCUAAUAUCCGUAGAGAGCUGAUCGUGCGCGAUCUUUCGUCUUACAACGUUUAAAGAUUGCAACUCUUUCAAUUCAACCGAAAAAUUUUAUUCGACCAGAAUUUCAGUGUACGGUUUCUUUCUCACAAUAACUAAAUAUUCUCCAAGAUAAAAUACUCCAACGUUUAUCUGUCCGCAAAUUUCCACAUUGUUGAAUCUCAAACAAAAGCCAAAAGGAAUAGAUAUAGUUUUAAAAAUUCUCAAAAGAAUAUUUCCAAACAAUUGUCAAAUUCAUUUCGCAUGACGAUAAAAAAUAGCUUGAUUAUCUCGCCGAACUUUUGACUUGGACACUGCGUUAUCAACUUUCCGACAUUAUUAUUUUUAGAACUGAAGAUUCUUCAUGUAUUUUUUAACAUAAAAAAAAACACGCAAUAUUUCGUAUUUUUAACGUAUCUAUUUGCACUGAACGACCGAUUGAAUAAAUUUCUCGGCCUCGAAUCCAUGAGUGAUAUCUUUGAAGCAGUCAAGGAAAAAAAGACGAAAUAUGAGUAAAAAAAAUUAUUGAAUAAUAACGUAGUACUGCGUUUGCAGAAUUUUCGUGGUGCGAGCGGCGAACGAUUAAAAAGGUUUGCGUUGUUAUUACUAUUACCAUUAUUAUUACUACGUAUGCGUUAUGAUUUAAAGCCUGAACGAAAGCCUCUGUACGAUGUAUCCAAAUCUGACUGCAAUUUAUUAUAUUUAUAGAGUUGAAUUGACAAAAAAUAAAAAAAAUCUAUAUAUAUAUGUAUAUUAUAAAUAUAUCUUGCUAUAUGUGUAUGUACAUGUAUGUAUGUACCAUUUUGAUUUUUUAACAAGAAAAAAUGUACAUACGUGUGCAUCGUAUAUAUAUGUACGCAUAAAUGCAAGGUAAGACUCAUCGCUCGUAUGUAUUUUUGUUCUAACGAUGUGAAUGUUUUUUACCAGAGAUCCAUGUAUCGCAAAUUUUUUUAUUAAUAAAAACAAAAUAUUAUGAC